GGGAGAAGGAACACGAGGAGGAGGAGAAGGAGGAAGACGGGGAGGAAAAUGUGAUGACAGAAGAGGAGGCAGCGGCGAUCGAGUUGGAGCUGGAGAAGGAAGAGGCGGCUUUGGAGGAGGGACUACUGCAGAUGAAACUACCAGAGUCUGUCAAACUGCAGAUGUGUACGCUGCUGCAGUACUUCUGUGACUGUGAACUGAGGCACAGAGUGGAGGCUAUCGUGGCGUACUCGGAUCAGUUUGUCAACGCCAUUCAGACCAAUCAGAGAGUUCGCUAUAACCUGCUGAUGCAGGCCUUCUCCAUGAGCGCUGCCGAGACCGCACGCAAGACACGAGAGUUCCGCUCCCCACCUCAGGACCAGGUGAUCCUGCUGACGAACUUCAAGCAUGGUCCAGAGGAGGAGGAGUGCCCAGUACCGGAGGAGACCAGAGACACACUGACCGAAUUCCACACUGACAUCCUUAUACAUUGUGGCGUGCACAUCGAGGCGGAAGAGGAGGAGGAGGAGGUGGACACCUCUCUGAGAGGUCGCCUUGGCCGGCUGAUGGGCAAGGUGAAUAACUUGAGGAAGAAAAAGGAGGUGGUGGAGGAGCCAGAAGAGGAGGAGGAGGUCAAACCCAGCACUCUCCAGGAGUUGAUCUCCCAUACCAUGAUCCACUGGGCCCAAGAGGCCUUCAUUCAGAACCCUGAGCUGGUGCGCCUGAUGUUCAGCCUGCUCCACAGGCAGUAUGAUGGGCUGGGAGAGCUGACCAGAGCCCUGCCUAAAGCCUACGCUAUCAACGCUGUAUCUGUCCAGGACACAAUGGACUUGUUGGAGUGCUUGGGCCAGAUCAGAUCUCUGCUCAUCGUUCAGAUGGGCCCCGAGGAGGAGAGGCUCAUGAUCCAGAGCAUCGGGAACAUCAUGAACAACAAGGUGUUCUACCAGCACCCUAACCUGAUGAGGGCUCUGGGGAUGCAUGAGACUGUCAUGGAGGUGAUGGUUAAUGUGCUGGGAGGAGGUGGAGAUUCCAAGGAGAUCCGGUUCCCCCAGAUGGUGACCAACUGCUGUCGGUUCCUGUGUUACUUCUGUCGCAUCAGCCGUCAGAACCAGAGGUCCAUGUUUGAUCACCUCAGCUACCUGCUGCAGAACAGCGGCAUCGGCCUAGGUAUGCGUGGCUCCACCCCUCUGGAUGUGGCUGCAGCUUCCUGCAUCGACAACAACGAGCUGGCCUUAGCUCUACAGGAGCAGGACUUGGAGAAGGUGGUGACUUAUCUGGCGGGCUGUGGACUACAGAGCUGUCCCAUGCUCCUAUCUAAGGGUUACCCUGACAUCGGCUGGAAUCCCUGUGGGGGAGAGAAAUACCUGGACUUCCUCCGCUUUGCCGUCUUUGUCAACGGAGAGAGUGUGGAGGAGAAUGCCAACGUGGUGGUGCGUCUACUGAUUCGUCGGCCAGAGUGUUUUGGCCCCGCACUGAGAGGAGAGGGGGGUGCUGGUCUGCUGGCGGCAAUAGAGGAGGCCAUCAAGAUCUCAGAGGACCCAGCCAGGGACGGACCUACUGUCAAGAAGGACAGGCGGUUCCCCAUGUUUGGUGGUGAGGAGCAGCAAGAGGAGAACCGCGUCCAUCUUGGAAACGCCAUCAUGUCCUUCUACUCUGCCCUCAUCGAUCUGCUGGGACGCUGUGCGCCUGAGAUGCACUUGAUCCAGGCAGGUAAAGGUGAGGCUCUGAGGAUCCGGGCCAUCCUGAGAUCUCUGGUUCCUAUAGAAGACCUGGUGGGAGUCAUCAGUCUGUCUGUACAGAUACCUGACUACGGGAAAGAUGGUCACACCAUAGAGCCUAAGAUGUCUGCGAGCUUCGUCCCGGACCACAAGGCGUCCAUGGUGCUGUUCCUGGACCGUGUGUAUGGUAUCGACAACCAGGACUUCCUGCUUCAUGUUCUGGAGGUGGGCUUCCUGCCAGACAUGAGAGCUGCCGCAUCCCUGGACACGCUGGCAUUCAGCACCACAGAGAUGGCUCUGGCUCUGAACCGCUACCUGUGUUCCGCUGUGCUGCCCCUCAUCACCAAGUGUGCCCCUCUGUUCGCGGGCACCGACCACCGCGCCAUCAUGAUUGACUCCAUGUUGCACACCAUCUAUAGGCUGUCCCGCGGGCGAGCCCUCACCAAGGCUCAGAGAGACGUCAUCGAGGAGUGCCUCAUGUCCCUCGUCAAGUACCUUCGACCUUCCAUGCUGCAGCAUCUGCUGAGGAAGCUGGUGUUUGACGUGCCAAUACUCAACGAGUUUGCUAAGAUGCCUCUCAAGCUCCUGACCAAUCACUAUGAGCGUUGUUGGAAGUACUACUGCCUGCCUAACGGUUGGGCCAACUUUGGGGUGUCGUCAGAGGAGGAGCUGCACCUGUCGCGGAAACUCUUCUGGGGAAUCUUCGAGUCUCUGGCGCACAAGAAAUUCGAUGCCGAGCUGUUUAAGAUUGCCAUGCCAUGUAUCUGUGCCAUCGCUGGCGCCAUCCCCCCUGACUAUGUGGACGCCAGCUACUCCUCCAACACGGAGAAGAAGGCUUCGGUGGACGCUGAGGGGAACUUUGACCCCAAACCAGUGGAGACCACCAACACCAUUAUCCCAGAGAAGCUGGAUGCCUUCAUCAACAAGUAUGCAGAACACACUCACGACAAGUGGGCCUUCGAAAAGAUCCAGAACAACUGGUCGUACGGAGAGGUGCUGGAUGAAAACGCCAAGACACACCCCAUGCUGCGUCCCUACAAGACCUUCUCCGAGAAGGACAAGGAGAUCUACCGUUGGCCCAUCAAGGAGUCCGUUAAGGCCAUGCUGGCCUGGGAGUGGACAAUGGAGAAGGCUCAAGCAGGGGAGGGAGAGAAGGUGGAGCUGAAGACCUCCACACGGAAGAUCUCCCAGACUGCUCAGGCGACCUAUGACCCCAGCCAUGGCUACAGCCCUUCGCCUGUGGACAUCACUGCCAUGGCGCUGUCCAGAGAGCUGCAGUCCAUGGCUGAGCAGCUGGCUGAAAACUACCACAACACCUGGGGUAGGAAGAAGAAGAUGGAGCUGAUGGGAAAAGGUGGCGGUUCCCAUCCCCUGCUGGUACCCUAUGACACCUUGACGGCUAAGGAGAAGGCCAGAGACAGAGAGAAAGCCCAGGAUCUUCUCAAGUUCCUGCAGCUCAACGGAUACGCCGUCACUAGGGGCCCGAAGGACAUGGAACAGGACAUCUCCUCCAUAGAGAAGAGGUUUGCCUAUGGUUUCCUCCAGAAGCUACUGAAGUGGAUGGAUAUUGCCCAGGAGUUCAUCGCCCAUCUGGAGGCUGUGGUUAGCAGUGGCAGAGUGGAGAAGUCUCCACAUGAACAGGAGAUCAAGUUCUUUGCCAAAAUUCUCCUGCCGUUGGUUAACCAAUACUUUAAGAACCACUGCCUCUACUUCCUCUCCACGCCUGCCAAGUUGCUGGGCAGUGGAGGCCACUCCUCCAACAAGGAGAAGGAAAUGAUCGCCAGUAUCUUCUGUAAGUUGGCAGCUCUGGUGAGACACAGAGUAUCUCUCUUUGGAACGGAUGCUGGCGCGGUGGUGAAUUGUCUGCACAUCCUGUCACGAUCACUGGACGCCAGGUUUCUAGCAGGAACCAGGUGAAGGGUGUGUCCCAGAACAUCAACUACACCACCAUCGCCCUGCUCCCUGUCCUGACCACCCUGUUCGACCACAUCGCCCAGCACCAGUUUGGGGAUGACGUCAUCUUGGAUGACCUUCAGAUCUCGUGUUACAGGAUCAUGUGUUCCAUCUACUCGCUGGGCACCGUCAAGACGCCUCACGCUGAGAAGCAGAGGCCGGCUCUGGGGGAGUGUUUGGCUAAUCUUGCCGCUGCCAUGCCUGUCGCCUACCUGGAGCCCGGCCUCAACGAGUACAACGCCUACUCUGUGUACACCACGAAGACACCCAGAGAGAGAGGCAUCCUGGGCCUGCCCAACCAAGUAGAGGAGCUGUGUACGGACAUCCCAGAGCUAGAUGUCCUGAUGAAGGAGAUCGGAGACCUGGCAGAGUCAGGGGCUCGCUACACUGAGAUGCCCCACGUUAUCGAGAUCACCCUGCCCAUGCUGUGUAACUACCUUCCCCGUUGGUGGGAAAGAGGUCUGGAGAACUACCCCGACCUGGACGGUCAGCUCUGUACUGACGUCACCUCAGAACAACUCAACCAGUUGCUGGGCAACAUCAUGAAGAUAGUGGUGAAUAAUCUGGGGAUAGACGAAGCGUCCUGGAUGAAACGCCUGGCAGUGUUUGCCCAGCCCAUCGUUAGCAGGGCCAAGCCUGAGAUGUUGAAGUCUCAUUUCAUCCCGACCAUGGAGAAACUGAAGAAACGUAGUGGGAAGGUAGUGGCUGAGGAGGAGCAGCUGAGACUGGAGGGGAAGUCUGAGGUGGACAGUGAGGAAGGAACCAUUAGGGAUGAGUUUGCUGUUCUCUGCAGAGACCUCUACGCUCUGUACCCUCUACUGAUCAGAUAUGUGGAUAACAACAGGGCUCGAUGGUUGACCUGUCCAGACCCAGAUGCUGAGGAACUCUUCAGGAUGGUUGGAGAGGUGUUCAUCUUCUGGUCCAAGUCUCAUAACUUCAAGCGUGAGGAGCAGAACUUUGUGGUAAUGAAUGAGAUCAACAACAUGUCUUUCCUGACCGCUGACAGCAAGAGUAAGAUGAGCAAGGCCGGCGGGGAAGAGGCUGGAGGUUCUGAUGUGGAGCGUACCAAGAAGAAGCGAAGGGGGGACCGCUAUUCGGUGCAGACAUCUCUGAUCGUAGCGGCGCUGAAGAAGAUGCUUCCUAUUGGCCUCAAUAUGUGUUCCCCUGCUGACCAGGAACUGAUUAACCUGGCCAAGAUACGCUACAGCCUGAAAGACACAGAUGAGGAGGUGAGAGAGUUUCUACAGAACAACAUGCAUCUGCAGGGCAAGGUGGAGGACCCGUCAAUGCGCUGGCAGAUGGCGUUGUAUAAGGAGACGUCAGGGAAGGCUGAGGAUGCUGAGGACCCUGAGAAGGUGGUCAAGAGAGUCCAGGAGGUGUCCGCUGUCCUCUACCACAUUGAGGUGACGGAGCACCCGUACAAGUCUAAGAAGAUGGUUUGGCACAAGCUGCUUUCGAAACAACGGCGCAAAGCUGUUGUGGCCUGCUUCAGGAUGUCACCCCUCUACAACAUCCCCAGGCACCGGGGGUCCAACAUGUUCCUGAAUGGGUACAAGAGGAACUGGCUACAGACUGAAGGAUACCAGUUUGAAGACCGUAUGAUCGACGACUUGUCUAAAGCCAUGGAGGAGGAGGAGCUGGGAGAAGAAGGAGAGGAAGAGGCAGAAACUAAACCUGACCCUCUGCAUCAGCUCAUCCUACACUUCAGCCGGACCGCUCUCACGGAGAAGAGCAAACUGGAAGUCGACUACUUAUACAUGGCUUAUGCCGACAUUAUGGCCAAGAGUUGCCACAUCGGUGAGGAGGAGGAGGGGGAAGAGGAGGAGGCCUUUGAAGUGACCCAGACUGAGAUGGAGAAGGAGAUGGAGAAGCAGAGGCUCCUGUAUCAGCAGUCCCGGCUCCACAACAGAGGAGCUGCAGAGAUGGUGCUGCAGAUGAUCAGUGCCUGCAGAGGUGAGACUGGGGCGAUGGUGUCCUCCACCCUCAAGCUGGGUAUCUCAAUCCUCAACACAGGCAACUGUGACGUACAACAGAGGAUGCUGGACUACCUGAAGGACAAAAAGGAUGUUGGCUUCUUCCUGAGUAUUCAGGCUCUGAUGCAGACCUGCAGCGUUCUAGACCUGAAUGCCUUUGAGAGACAGAACAAGGCUGAGGGGCUUGGUAUGGUGUCAGAGGAGGGAUCAAAUAUGAAGCUAGAACGUGAUGAGAAGGUGAUGGCAGAUGAUGAGUUUACCUGUGACCUGUUCCGCUUCCUGCAGCUGCUCUGUGAGGGACACAACAACGAUUUCCAGAACUAUCUGCGUACCCAGACUGGCAGCACCACCACCAUCAACAUCAUCAUCUGCACUGUGGACUACCUGCUCCGUCUGCAGGAGUCUAUCAGUGAUUUCUACUGGUACUACUCUGGGAAGGACAUCAUAGACGAGCCAGGAAAGAGGAACUUCUCCAAGGCCAUGAUUGUGGCUAAACAGGUGUUCAACAGUCUGACUGAGUAUAUCCAGGGUCCAUGUACGGGGAACCAGCAGUCUUUGGCCCACAGCAGGUUGUGGGAUGCUGUGGUUGGCUUCCUGCACGUCUUUGCUCACAUGAUGAUGAAGCUGGCUCAGAUGCAAGCCGACCCCGGACUUCGACUUGGCGAUCGAUUCUGGAGUAGAACCCACUACGAGGACUCCAGUCAGAUUGGUCUGCUGAAGGAACUGCUGGACCUGCAGAAAGACAUGGUGGUCAUGCUGUUGUCUCUACUGGAAGGCAACGUGGUGAACGGCACCAUCGCCCGUCAGAUGGUGGACAUGCUAGUGGAGUCCUCCAGUAACGUGGAGAUGAUCCUCAAGUUCUUCGACAUGUUCCUCAAGCUGAAGGACAUCACCGGGUCUGACGCCUUCAGAGACUACGUGACCGACCCCCGAGGCCUCAUCUCCAAGAAGGACUUCUACAAGGCCAUGGACAGCCAGAAGCAGUACUCUCCGUCUGAGAUCCAGUUCCUUCUGUCUUGUUCCGAGGCCGACGAGAACGAGAUGAUCAACUUUGAGGAGUUUGCCGACCGCUUCCAGGAGCCGGCCAAGGACAUCGGCUUCAACAUCGCCGUACUGCUCACCAACCUGUCUGAGCACGUACCCCACGAUACGCGACUACAGAAUUUUCUUGAGCAAGCCGAGAGCGUCCUCAACUACUUUAGACCCUUCCUUGGCCGGAUAGAGAUCAUGGGAGCGAGCAGGAAGAUCGAGAGGAUCUAUUUUGAGAUCAGCGAGGCCAACAGGAACCAGUGGGAGAUGCCGCAGGUCAGAGAGUCCAAGAGACAGUUCAUCUUCGACGUGGUCAACGAGGGCGGGGAGAGCGAGAAGAUGGAGUUGUUUGUCAACUUCUGCGAGGACACCAUCUUUGAGAUGAACAUCGCCUCACAGAUUUCUGAGGAGGAGGAAGAGGAGGUGGUAGACUCAGAGGAUGAAGAGGAAGAAGGAGGAGGAGGAGGAGGAGAGUUGGACGAAAAUGGAGAAGAGAUUGCUCCCGAGUCGAGCUCGGCGUUCUCUGACUUCCUGACAAGCGUGGUGAACUUCUUCAACAUGUUCACCUUCAGGAAUCUACGGCGGCGCUACCGCAAGCUUAGGAAGAUGACUCUGAAGGAUAUGGUGGUGGGCUUGGCCACGUUCAUCUACACCAUCCUGUUUGGUAUCCUGUCUUUCAUCUACAGUGUGUGUAAGGGCUUCUUCAUGCUGAUCUGGAGCACCCUGUUUGGAGGAGAACUGGUAGAGGGUGCCAAGAAGAUCACGGUGACUGAGCUUUUGGCCAGUAUGCCGGACCCAACGCAAGAUGAGGUGCACGAUGAACUGCCACCUGAGCCAGGUGCCGAUGAGGGUCAGGAGGGGAUAGACGGAGGAGAGGAAAGAGACGUGGGAGGAGGAGAGGAAGGAGAGGAGGGAGGGGAUGGUGAGGAGAAGGAGGGAGGACGGAUGCCUGGGUUCGACACCCCUGGAGGGCUGGGAGACUUUGGGGAGACCACAACUGUAGAGCCCCCUACUCCAGAAGGAACCCCACUGCUCAAGAGGAAACUGCUGGAAGCAACGUCCGGAGGAGAGGGUGAAGAAAUACAAGAGCCAGAACCAGAGGAAGAGACACCCCCAGAGGAGGAGAAGGCUGACAAUGAGAAUGGAGAGAAGGCAGAGAAGGAGGCUGAGCCCGUGGUAAAAGAGGAAGAACUGGAAGCAAAGGAGGAAACAUUGAAGACCAAGGCAAAGAAGGAGAAGAAACCUGCGGAGGAGGGCUAUGAGCUUUGGAAUGAGCUGGAGAUCCAGAGGAUCAAAUUCAUGAACUAUCUGUCUCGUAACUUCUACAACCUGCGCUUCCUGGCUCUCUUCAUCGCCUUUGCCCUCAACUUCAUCCUGCUCUUCUACAAGGUUGGAUAUGAUGUAGAGGAGGGGUCAGAAGACAUUGAGGGCUCCGCCCUGUUCGAGGGCUCCGCCCUGUUCGAGGGCUCCGCCGCGUUCGAGGGUUCUGGGUUGUUCGAGGGUUCCGGAGCUGUGGACGAGGGUGGUUCUGGGAUUGAUCCAUUUGACGAUGGUGGUGAUGAUGACGGUGGCGAUGAUGAGGAUGAGGAGGAAGGACCAUUUUUUUUCUACUUGGAGGAGAGUACAGGCUACAUGCAGCCCUGUUUGUCCAUGCUGGCCAUCAUACACACUGUCAUCGCUUUCCUCUGUAUCAUUGGAUACAACUGCCUCAAGGUUCCUCUGGUCAUCUUUAAGAGGGAAAAGGAGCUGGCUAGGAAGCUGGAGUUUGAUGGUCUGUAUGUCACCGAGCAACCAGAAGACGAUGACAUCAAGGGACAGUGGGACAGACUGGUGCUCAACACCCCGUCAUUCCCUAACAACUACUGGGACAAGUUUGUGAAGACAAAGGUGCUUGCUAAGUACGGGGACAUAUACGGUAGGGAGAGGAUCGCAGAGCUGCUUGGGAUGGACCUGGCCUCUCUGGAUGUCAGCGCCAUGACACAAGAGAAGAAACCCGAACCAGAAAGUGGCAUGUUAAGCUGGAUUAUCUCCAUUGAUAUCAAAUACCAGAUUUGGAAGUUCGGGGUGGUCUUCACUGACAACACGUUCCUCUAUCUAGUCUGGUACAUGGUCAUGUCUCUGCUGGGACACUUCAACAAUUUCUUCUUCGCCUGUCACUUGAUGGACAUCGCCGUUGGUGUGAAAGAUUUGCGCACCAUCCUCUCCUCCGUCACACACAACGGCAAACAGCUGAUGAUGACUGUGGGUCUACUGGCUGUGGUGGUGUAUCUCUACACCGUCGUGGCUUUCAACUUCUUCAGGAAGUUCUACAACAUGAGCGAGGACGAGGAUGAACCGGACAUGAAGUGUGAUGACAUGAUGACCUGUUACCUGUUCCACAUGUACGUGGGUGUGCGUGCCGGCGGGGGUAUAGGAGACGAGAUCGAGGACCCGGCGGGCGAUGAGUACGAGCUCUACCGUGUCGUCUUCGACAUCACCUUCUUCUUCUUCGUAAUCGUCAUCCUGCUGGCUAUCAUCCAGGGUCUGAUCAUUGAUGCAUUUGGUGAGCUGAGAGACCAACAGGAGCAGGUCAGAGAGAACAUGGAGACGCAGUGCUUCAUCUGCGGUAUCGGUAGCGACUACUUUGAUACAACUCCUCAUGGCUUCGAAACGCACACCUUGGAAGAACAUAACUUAGCCAACUAUAUGUUCUUCCUGAUGUACCUAAUCAAUAAAGAUGAAACGGAGCACACAGGACAGGAGUCGUAUGUGUGGAAGAUGUAUCAAGAGAGAUGCUGGGACUUCUUCCCUGCUGGAGACUGUUUCAGGAAGACGUAUGAGGAUCAGCUGGCCUAGUGGGAUAAAUCCUGUCUGUCUGGGUGGGAGAGAGAGAAGGAGAAAGUUAAGGAAAUAUAGAAUGUAUUAGGGAACAGAUGUGGGUUUGAAGGAAGAUGACAUGAUCAGAGGAGAUGAAGAGUCCCAAGGGCUUUUAACCCUGUAAAUACACUUCAUGGCCUUUUUCUGUGUGAAAUAUAGAUAUGCUGUCUUGACUGAAUUCAAAACACACACACACACACACACACACGCACACACACACACACAGAGCGCUGCCUCUCUGUCAGUGCGUGUUUCUGUAGAGCUGAAUACAGCAUAGUGCCUAACUCUCAUGGUAAACAAACGUGCUUUAAUGUCUUAAGUAGUGCUCUUUUCCUUCAUAUUAUUAUAAUCGCUCUUGUUUGAGAUUGUAUUAAUAUAAAUGCCAUUAAUGUCCUCGUGUAAGAAUGUCUUGAUUUUUGUGUAUGCCUUUAAAUGAGCUAUUUCUGUCA